AUGCCCAUCAGUCUGCGACAGGGCUUAGACCGGGAUGUCUACCAGAUCGUGAGAAAGUUCGAAGACGACUAUAUCAACGAGACGGGUAGACAACCCCGUGUCACCAUCAGCGUUGUCUACGAGUACAUUCAGCGAUCCAACUCGAGCCUGAAGAGGCAGAAGAAAAGGCCGCUGGAGGAUGCCAUAGAGCGAGUACUCGCCGUGCGCAGGGAAGAGGACAAGGAGGAUCGGGACUCGGACGAGGAGCUGGAAAAGGAGCUGCAGACAAAGGCGGCCGGGGCGAAGCGCACAAGGGAGGAGAGAGACGCCUCGCUGCUGAACAAGCAGCUCACAAGGCAUUGGAACUUCAAAGCUUCAGGCAGCGGCAGCGGCACUGGGCCCUCCAGCACAGCAGCACUCAACUCAGCUGCCUCAUCCACGGGGACAAAGACGCCGACCGCACCAGACGCCAUGGAUCUCGAUGCCGGCUCGGCGCCACCAGUUGACCGCCAGCCCAACGGCGAGGCCAAGCCGAAACGCAGGCGCAAGGACCUGAAGGAGAUCGACCGCUCGCCCCCGCAGGACAUCAGCCUCGCAGACCUUGCCGGCCUAGACAAGGCGCUCGAGCGCCUCCGCAGGUCCGUGUUCAUCCCGCUGCGCUGUGCAGAGGUCCUGUCCGAGCUCGGGUACCAGCCCAACGACGGGGUGCUCCUGCACGGGCCAUCGGGGUGCGGCAAGACAGCGCUCGCGCAUGCACUGGCUGCAGAGCUGGGCGUGGCGUUCAUCCCCGUCUCGACGCCGAGCCUGGUGGGCGGGACGAGUGGGGAGAGCGAGAAGAAUAUUCGCGAUAUCUUUGACGAGGCCAUGAGGCUUGCGCCGUGUUUGGUGUUUCUCGAUGAGCUGGACAGCAUCGCGGGAAAAAAGGACAGCGCGCAGAAGGCCAUGGAGGGGAGGAUCGUCACGGAAAUUUGUCAUGGCAUGGACAGGCUCGGGCGGCGGGGUGGCAGAGGUGGCAAUGUCGUCGUGCUUGCGGCCACUAACAGGCCAGACAGCAUCGACCCGACCGUCCGCCGGCGGUUCGGCGUCGAGGUCGACAUCGGCAUGCCCAACGAGGCUGCGCGGGAGAAGAUCCUCCAGUCCAUGACCCGGGAUCUUAAGCUCGCCGAGGACGUGGACUUUGCCGCCCUCGCUCGACUCACGCCUGGCUACGUGGGCGCCGACCUCCGGCACGUUGUCUCGGCCGCCGUGUUCGACGCCGCGGAGGCGUGCAUAGGCCGAGGCGCAGACACCCUCCCGCGAGAGCCUGACCAACCCUCGCAGGAGGCUCUUCCUGCCGAUGACGACCUCACGAUGGGCUCCAUCACAGAGCCAGACCUGACCUCGGCCCAGCGCCUGUUCCGCUUCACCACAGCCAUGACAACUGACAUCGACAUCACCUCUGCUUCCAUCACCAUGGCCCACCUCACCACCGCCAUCAGCGCCGUCCAGCCGGCCGCCAAGCGCGAGGGCUUCAGCGCCAUCCCAGACACAACCUGGGCCCACGUGGGCGCCCUGGCCGACGUGCGCAAGAAGCUCGAGAUGUCCAUCAUCGGGCCCAUCAAAUACCCAGAGCGUUUCGCCCGCGUGGGCAUCAAGUCCGCCGCGGGGAUCCUCCUGUGGGGGCCCCCAGGCUGCGGCAAGACCCUCGUCGCCAAGGCGGUGGCCAACGAGUCCAAGGCCAACUUCAUCAGCAUCAAGGGGCCCGAGCUGCUCAACAAGUACGUGGGCGAGUCGGAGCGGGCAGUCCGGUCGCUCUUUGCGCGGGCGCGGAGCAGUGCGCCCUGCAUCCUCUUCUUCGACGAGAUGGAUGCGCUGGUGCCCAAGCGGGACGACUCGCUGUCGGACGCGAGCUCGCGCGUCGUCAACGCCCUGCUGACCGAGAUGGACGGCGUCGAGGACCGCAGCGGCAUCUACGUCGUCGGCGCCACCAACAGGCCGGACUGCAUCGACCCGGCCAUCCGCCGCCCUGGUCGGCUGGGCACCAGCGUGUUUGUGGGCCUGCCGGCCAGGGAGGAGAGGGUCGAUAUCCUGCGGGCCAUCUACUGGAACACCAUCGCCGGCGGCAAGAAGGAUGCCGGGGCGGCCGAGGAGGAGGGUGUGGCCAAGGUCGAGGAGCGGCUCCGGGCCAUCGCCCUGGACGGCAGGUGUGAGGGCUUCUCGGGUGCUGAUCUGGGCAAUCUCAUGCAGGCUGCCGCGCAGGCGAGCCUGGAGAGGACAUAUUACCACGGCGGCGGGGACAUCAGCGUGAACCCUGGCGGCAACGGUGGUAGCGAGGACGAGGACGAGAUCACUGCCGAGGACUGGGAGAAGGCUCUCAACGAGGUCAAGCCCAGCGUCAAGGACGACGGGAGGUAUGACCCGGCACAGUUUGACAAGGUCCUCUGA